AUGUCAAUGUCAGAACACUUGAGGCUUUUUUGGGUAAAUAGAACACUUCAGACUUGCAUGAAAGAAGAAAGAAUUCAGAAAUCCGCCUUGUACUGCUUUUCGAAUCAUACAAUUGAGUACCUCCAUGACCAAGAUAUCCGCCUUGUAUGGUUGAUGGUUUCUCACAUCUUAUAUGCGGAUGGCACUCUUUUGUUUUGCAAUGCGGAGCCGACACAGGUGGGAUAUCUUCGGUGUGCUAUGCUUUGCUUCGAGGCUGUGUCCGGCCUUAAAGUGAACUUGGGGAAGUCCGAGAUGAUUCUGGUGGGGGCAGUUGCUGAUAUUGGCACACUUGCUCAAAUUUUGGGUUGUCGAGUGACGUCGUUUCCUACUUUGUACUUGGGCCUUCCGUUGGGCUAUUUGUUCAAAUCAACAACAGUGUGGGACUCAGUAGUGGAAAGAUUUCAAAAGAGAUUGGCAGGAUGGAAGCAUCAAUACAUUCCUAAAGGAGGUAGAAUGACUCUUAUCAAACAUACGCUUUCUAGCUUGCCUACUUAUUUUAUGUCACUGUUUGUCAUUCCGGUCUCGGUUGUUAAGCGAUUGGAGAAGUUGCAAAGAGAUUUUCUUUAA